AUGGCUUUGACAUCAUGGAAAGCGUUCAACUUCGUCGACGUCUCCCCCGUCAAGGUUCCGGAGGACAGCUCCGCGCUAUUCGGGAGCGACCUAUCUAGUCUUUGCACCGGAUCCUCGAACCUCUUCCUCGGCACAAACGAUGGCUUCGUCCAUAUCGUCACUUCAACCUUCCGCGUCAUUCGCUCGUUCAAGGCGCAUGAUGCCGGCUCGAUUCAACACAUGAAACAAAUCAAUGGCACUUCCUUGCUCGUUACAGUUGCGGAGGACCUCUCGAAUGAACCGGUGCUAAAGGUCUGGGCAUUGGAUACGGAGCCUAAGGAUGGAACACCUCGGUGUCUAUCGACAGUGUUAGUGCAGAAUGCUAGGCGGCAGUUUCCGAUAUCGGCGUUUGCAGUUGUCGAGGACCUUUCGCAGGUUGCGGUUGGCUUCGCCAACGGCUCCGUGACGAUCAUCCGGGGUGAUCUGAUUCACGAUCGCGGGGCGCGGCAACGGAUUGUUUUCGAGUCAGAGGAGCCGAUUACGGGCCUAGAGACCCAGAGUGGUGCCGUCACCGCACUUUAUAUUUCGACAACGAGUCGAAUCUUGACACUGGUCAUCGCAGGGAGAGGACAGGGUCAGCCGGCGCGGAUCUUGGAGGAUACGGGAUGUGGUUUGGGUUGCAUGACUCUGGACGGCGAAACUGGGGAUAUUCUCAUUGCGCGAGAAGAUGCAGUUUACACAUAUGGUCCCCGUGGCCGAGGUUCCAGUUAUGCUUUCGAGAGCUCCAAGACUUCCAUCAAUUCCUUCCGAGACUAUGUUGCACUGGUAUGCCCACCAAGGCCCGAGUCGGGCAAGGGUGAGGCACUUCGGAAGUAUGGUGUCAACCCCGGGGGUGAUAUCUUGGGCGCUACGACCUUCACACUGUUAGAUACCGAUCUCAAAUUCAUCGCGCAUAGCGAGGCGCUGGUCUCGCCUAUGAAGCACAUUUUCAUGGAAUGGGGGGAUCUGUUUCUGCUCACGACGGAUGGAAAGAUCUUUCGGUACCGGGAAAAAAGCCUUCAGCAGAGGCUUGAAAUUCUCUAUGAGCGCAACCUCUACAUACUUGCCAUUAACUUGGCACAAAAGAUCGGGAUCAACACUUUGCAGCAAAAUGCAAUUUAUCGCAAAUACGGUGACUUCCUAUACCAGCGUGGUGACUAUGAUACGGCAAUGCAACAAUAUCUCCGGGCGAUUGACAAUACCGAACCCUCACAGGUUAUUCGCAAGUACCUUGACACACAACGUAUUCACAAUUUAAUCGAAUAUCUGGAGGAAUUGCACGAUCAUGGCCGUGCCACAGUCGACCACACGACCCUUCUUCUCAAUUGCUAUGCCAAGCUGAAGGACACAAGCAAACUAGACUCGUUCAUCAAAGCUCCUGGCGAGCUGAAGUUCGAUCUUGAGACCGCCAUUGCGAUGUGCCGACAAGGAGGAUACUAUGAGCAGGCUGCUUACCUGGCCACAAAGCAUGGUGAAAAUGACAUGGUCGUGGACAUUCUCAUUGAAGAUUCCAAGAAAUAUGCCGAGGCAGUUGAAUAUAUUUGGAGACUGGACCCCGAAGCGCGAACGACCGAAAUCUUCAAGGUCUACUACACGGGUCAAUAUCGACCACGCACAGAGGUGGCCGAGGCCGAACCCCAAGAACAACACACGAGCACAGUACAGAGUCUUGCCAAUCUUUUGCCAUUACGCUACGUUACUGGUGGUGGUGGAACUCAAACGCAACCAUCGGCACCAGAAACAGACCCUAUCAACCAAGAAGCCGAAGCAGAUGCAGCACCACAGUAUAAGAUUCCCAAGCCACGUACAGCUUUCUCCGCUUUCGUGGACCAUCCGAAAGAGUUCAUCGGCUUCCUCGAGACGCUAACGGAACAUCCUGGUCUUAAACAAGAUGCUAAAGUGGAUCUCUUUACCACGCUGUUCGAGAUGUAUCUAGACACAGCAAAGAGCAAAAAGGACGCGACUGAAAAACAGGAAUGGGAGGACAAGGCCAAGAAACUGAUUGAAGGGAAAGAUAUCCCCAUCUCAACCUCGAAUGUCCUGCUGCUCUCCGAUCUAUCCAACUUCCGCGAGGGCUCCACUCUCGUACGCGAACAGGAGGGCCUUCGCCUCGACAUUUUCCGCUCCUUCACUUCAGCCAAGGAUACACAGGGUGCCAUUCAAGCAUUGCAUCGCUAUGGACCCGAUGAGCCGCAGCUAUACAUCGACGCACUAACAUAUUUCGCCUCCAGCCCACAGAUCCUCGAAGAGGCAGGCGAUGAGCUAGACGCCGUUCUCCGACGCAUUGAUCAAGACGGCCUUCUCUCCCCACUUCAGGUGAUCCAAGCCCUGAGCAACAACGCAGUUGUUACGAUGGGCCGGGUAAAGAAGUAUCUCAGCACAAGCAUUGAUCGUGAACACAAGGAGAUCUCAACGAACCGCCGCCUUAUCUCAAGCUACAAAACCGAAACAGCCGCAAAGCAACAAGAACUCUCAAACCUCUCCUCCCAACCCGUCGUCUUCCAAUCGCGCCGCUGUCAAUCCUGCGGUGGAACCCUCGACCUACCAACAGUUCACUUCCUCUGCCGCCACUCCUUCCACGAACGCUGUCUCAACAAUGUAGACGACGACGCCCAGUGUCCCGUCUGCGGUCCGCAAAAUUCUACGCUCCGCGCCAUUCGACAGAGGCAGGUUGACUCGGCGGAUCAGCAUGAUCUUUUCAAGGCCGAGUUGUCGCGUUCCAGGGAUCGGUUUGGUGUUGUUAGUGACUUUUUUGGUAGGGGGGGUUAUGAGGUCGCAGGCGACGAUGGAUGA